UCACCGCUGAAAAUGACCCCACCGCAUCCUCCACGCGCUGCUCUGCCGAGUGGAUUUUCUUUGAAUGGGAAGACGGUACAGAGGGGAAAAGGAUCCCGUCUGACUGAUAGGGAAUAGGGUUAUGUCCUCCCGCUCACGACGGGCAGUUCGGUGGUUCUUGUUAGUUCUGCGGUGAGUCAGAAGUGGAGCCACGGCGCGGUUCAGAGUUGACGUCAAACCUCCUUCAGCAUCAUCGGGUUUAUUCCCUGGACUCCAUCUUUGCCUCCAGGUAACCAGUGCAUCAGUCAGCGAACUGAGCCACUGGGCACAUCCACUGGUUCAGACUCCACCAACCAACUGUCAUUCCAGCCUCUGUAGGAAAAGAUCAGUCAUUUCCAGUCAGUGUAGAAGCCAUGCUCAUCUGGUCCCAUCAUGGCCGUCCCACCUCCACCCUCCUCCUCCUCCAAUUGCUCCCCCUUUUUGUCACGGUUCUGGCCCUGCUGCUUUGCCCUUUGGGUCUAGUCAGAGCUCAGGACGGACCCGGUCGGACCCAGUCCCCCACCCCCACCCCCACCCAGGUGCUCCAGGACCUGUUGGAUCGCUAUGGGGACAACAGCACCAUCUCAGUGCCCCAACUGCGCUCUCUGCUGGCCCUUCUCAGCCAGGGGCCCGGGGACACCAGAGGGGACAGCAGCCACGUGGUCCAGAUACCUGCAGCUACACCUGAUAAAUCCAAUGGCUCCAAGUGUUUGCCUGCAGACACACUGGCUGUUUACAGCAUCAGUGAACAGUCCCGCCUGGAUGGGCAGGGUUUCCAGGAGCUCUGCCCCACCCUCCUGCAGCAGCUGGAUGCUGGGUCCUGCAAGGGGGGGAAAGAGGAGGAGCUGAGCACCGACAACUCCCCCAGACCAUCAGAUGCUGAAGUGUGGGGUUAUGGGAUCCUCUGUGUCACACUCAUCUCUUUGUGUUCGCUGGUCGGGGCCAGCGUGGUGCCCUUCAUGAAGAAAACCUUUUACAAGCGGCUGCUGCUCUACUUCAUUGCCCUGGCCAUUGGCACGCUGUACUCCAACGCCCUGUUUCAGCUGAUCCCAGAGGCCUUUGGUUUUGACCCCAUGGUGGACUUCUAUGUGUCAAAGUCUGCUGUCGUCUUUGGAGGGUUCUACCUCUUCUUCUUCACUGAAAAGGUCCUCAAAGUGCUUCUCAAACAGAAAAAUGGGAGCCAUGGUCACAGCCAUUACCCCGGGGCAGACCACUACUCAACACCCAGCAGCGACAUGGAAGAAGGCGAGAAGGAGAAGCUGCAACAGAACGGAGAGGCCAGUAGUCUGGCCCUGGGCAAAGUGGAUGCAGGGGAGGGGGAGCUCAUGCUCAGCCCUGCCCAGACCCCACAGGACUCCCAGAGUCCAGAUGGGGGGGGCCGGUCUGGGAGCAGUGGUGGGGGCUGUUACUGGCUGAAGGGGACGACGUACUCGGACAUUGGAACACUGGCCUGGAUGAUCACGCUGAGCGACGGUUUACACAACUUUAUCGAUGGCCUGGCCAUUGGCGCAUCCUUCACAGCCUCUGUGUUCCAAGGCAUCAGCACGUCGGUGGCCAUCCUGUGCGAGGAGUUUCCUCAUGAGCUGGGUGAUUUUGUGAUUCUUCUGAAUGCUGGCAUGAGCAUACAACAGGCUCUGUUCUUCAACUUCCUGUCGGCGUGUUGCUGUUAUCUGGGCAUGGGCUUUGGUAUCCUGGCCGGCAACAGCUUCUCCCCCAACUGGAUCUUCGCCUUGGCAGGAGGAAUGUUCCUCUACAUCGCUCUGGCAGACAUGUUCCCUGAGAUGAAUGAAGUGAGUCGUGAGGAUGAGGAGGCAGGCGGCAAGAGUUUCCUUCUCACCUUCGCCAUCCAGAACGCCGGUCUGCUGACGGGCUUUUCCAUCAUGCUCCUCCUCACCUGUUACUCUGGACAGAUCCAGCUGGGUUAACAGUGGACUCCUCUGGAUUGACACCAGCUGCUUUGGGCUCAUGGAUCCGGACUGUUGGAAGCUGAAGGGAAGGUCUCACUCAUACUCUUACUUGUCUCUCUUUGUCCCUCUCUCACUUUUGGGGGUUAUUUCCGCUAAUGACAGUUAAAUGAGGCUGGAGUUGGACUGGUGUGCGGCAGGAACGCACACGUCUCAUCUAAAAACAUCAGCUGAACCCAUGUUUGGACUGAAAACGAGUAAAGGCGUCAGAGUCCGGCGCUGACUGCCCUGUGGUGUGGUGUCAUCCAUAUGCACUGCUGAGGCACUGUGUUUGCUGUCUUCUGUCCUGUGCAUGUCCUUCCUUUAGUGGACUUCACAGAGCCUCGGUCCAGGACCUGUUGAGUGUCAGUAGAACCUCUGUGUUGUAGACGCUCCAUCCUCAGCAUCUGGAGGGAAAAGCACAAUCAGGUAACAAGCAGCUCACCCUUCUAUUCUGCAGACUUCAAACCCUUCCUCCUCUUUUUUUAUUCCAUACCAAAAACAAAUCCUUAUGGACCUCAACUGGAAUUUUAAUCAACAAGAAAACUGACUUCCAGUAAGACUUUUCUGUCUUGUACGCGUGUUAAUGUUAUAUUUUUUUAUGUUUGACAAACCUGACAAAUGAUUUGACUUUCAGAGACCAAAUAUGGGCAGAACUAUCGAGACCGAAGGGCUAUACACUGACCCUCUGGUUUAUGAAGGGCACGUUUUAGGUUCCUUCCUCUGUGUGGACCUGUACUGGGCACGGGGUUAGAAAAGUCCCCUGAUGGAACCAGACAGAACCCAAUUAAACCUGCGUCGGCUGUGAAUCCGCAUCAGAUGAUAUAAAUGCAGCUACUACUGCAGCGUUUCUCCACAUCUGAACCUCUGUGCCCUUCAUUUUUUAAUUCCUUCUAUUGUAGAAAAAGUGCAAAUAUCUUCAUACAUCUUCAAACUUCAUACAUGUUCUUCAAACAUCAUACUUCAUACAUACUUUCCAUACAUAUUCCUCAUACUUCAUACAUCUUCAUGCUUCAUACAUGUUCCUCAUACUUCAUACACACUCUUCAUACAUCUCAUGUAGAGUAUUUUUUCCAGAAGGAUGGAUUGUUUUCCAAUCUGAGCAGAGCACUGUAAACUGAACAGACAUUUAUCUGACUGUAUCCACACAAUCAUCUGUCAUAUAAUCAAGAAACUGUCACUUAUACUGUAUUCAAUUAAGACAAACCUCUGAUUCUGUUUUUUUUUUUUUUUUUUUUACUAUAUGGUCAAAAGUAUAUGGACACACUUAUGCCGUUGCAUUUAUUUUGCGUUAGUUUAUUAUUCGUGGGGUUUUUUUUACGCGUUAACAACGCACUGACCUUCACUCUCUCAAAGUUGUUAAAGCUCUGGUGCUUGGUAGUUGUUUUUUUUUGUUUUAUUUUUUUUUUUGGCAUCACAGAACAAGUGCAACAUUCCAUAAUUCUGUCAUGCUAGAUGGGAAAAAAAAGCAGUGACACAGCUCCAUGUAUGAACUGAACAGAGAAAUGUCAAAAAAAGGCUUGGACAUCCAGACCAGAACCUCAGAACCUCACUGUAGUUCACAGAGUCACAAAGCUUUAGCCAACUCCAGUUUUAUGAAAAUACUUGUCAUUGAUUAGCUUCUCAUUCAGCCAUUCAGGUAGUUUUAUCAAAGACUACAUGUACAUGUUUUAAAGCUUUUAAACUUUGAUGAUGAAGAACCAACUGUCUGCAUUCACUUAACACUAGUGAGUGGUAAUGCGCAUAAAUUACCAGUUUAUUUUACUGAUUUUCAGUUAAAACUCGUGAUCUAUUUCGAUGGAAACCCCUUCAAUAUGAACAAGAACAACAAUGACCAAGAUUAGUUAAAUGGAAAAGAGCCAAACGCAUAUGUAAUAAAUCAAAAAUAAAAACAUUAGACAGAACUUAAGUUAUAUUAAAUAACAGUAAAGGAGCAGAAAGAAUUUCCCAAAAAGAAAAAAAUUUUAAUGUGUUGUAAAAAAAAAAAAAAAAUCUACAUUUGGAGUAAAUCUAAGCUCACUUUGUUCCAUGUUUCAGUAGAACAGAAACUCUACUUCACCAUGAUUAGUAUUUUUGUAAAUGUAUGUAGUAGUUUUCCAAUAGAUAUGCAGGGUUUUUGUGCAGGUCUUAAAAGUCUUAAAAAGUUUGGAAUUUUGAAACGCUGUUUUCCAGACCUCAAAGUCAGGAAUUUUGUGUGAAAAGUCUAAAUAAAGUAUGGAAAAAAGUUUCUCUCAUCGUCUAAUUUUAGAGUAUGUUCAAAGGCACAUAAUUUAGUAAGAUAAGAAAUACAUGAGGAAAGCAGAUAAAAAAGACUGGAUAUGAUUUCAAUAACCAGUUGGCACUAGAAUGAUUCUAGUGGAACUUAUUUGGGUGAUAUCCAUGCACUUUUGUGAUUUUCAUAUGUUUUGAAAAUGUUUCUGUCAGUAAAACAUAAUUUACUGCAAAUUAUAUGUUCAUUCAUUUAUACACUUAUUAAAAUGAACUUUUCUCCUACGCACAACAGGAACAAUCUCAACCAAAAAAGUAGGGAUACAAGUUUAAAAAUACAUAAAGUCAAGGUCUGGGGGGGGGAUAGUUUUGAAAAAGGUCUGGAAUUUUUUAUUUAUUUAUUUUUUACAAGUUCUUUUUAUUGGAAUCAAGGUUUAAAAAAAAAAACAAAAAGCGGCAAAACUUUUGGAUUUUCCACAUAACAUACGUAUAUACAAUUCCCAGUCCCCCACCCCUCAAAGUCCCUACAAAUAAAAGCAAUAAUAUUAGUAGGUAUGACAUUUAUCAGGCAUAAAUAAUUAAACAAAAAGAAAAGGAGAGUGGAGUUGGUCAACAAGGUCUGGAAUGUUUAUUUGGAUAAAGACCAAACACCCUAGCUUCACCGUUUGUAGUGUUUUUUAAAUGUAUGCAGCAGUUUUCCACUAAAUAUGGCUGUUAUAUGUGAGUCAUCAGCUGAUCUGAGGUUUGUGAUUCAUGCGUCCAUUCAUGGAUGUAUUGAUGGGUUUGAAUGACUCAUGUCUGGCUCAUGGAGGAUAUAGACUGUCCACAUACUUUUGACCAUGUAAUAUCUUUGACACAGAAAAGAAACGGUUACUCUUACUGUAAAUGGCCUAAUGACAUGUAUCAGAGAAUCAGUGGUAGAUGUCGACAACAUCUAUGAACCGAAACAGAUUCACACCUGCACAGGUUUAGCACUGCGACUCCUGAUGAGCGUCAUCCUUUAGCGGAGGACAGACCAUUCCCAGAUCUAAGUCCAAACAGGUGUUCCUUAGUAUCAGUAGAGGUUUAGAGUCUAUUAGGCACACAGACUGGACAUGGAUGGUACAUAGGACGAAGUGGAUGGAGAAGGAAAGCCAUGAAACCGGUACCAGCAGGUCCAGUAUUACUGCUGCUCCAAAUAUCUGUGUGGACGGGACAUUAUUUAUUGUUGUUUGAGCCAUAAAAUAUUUAUUUUAUCUGUUAAAGUCAAUAUACAGUAUUCAUCAUGUGGAGUCAAAUAUGGGCCAAAGUUAAUUUGAAAAAUAAAAAGUUAAUCAAAACAACUCAAAUGUGAAACGCAUGUUCUGAUUUUAAACUGAGAAAAGUAUUAACAGUGUUUUCAGUGUUAGUGUCAGAAUGCGAAGGAUUUCAAUUCACUGUUUACUCAUUUGUUUGUUUUUUUGACUUUUUUUUGUAGUUUUUGUUUUUUCACUUUCAGAUCUGUUUGUCUAAGAUUCAAAAUAACGUGAAACAGGAUAGAUUUGAGACUUAUGAUUCAAAAGUGACAAAAAGAUCUGAAAAUGAAAAAAUAGAAUCAGACAAAACAAUCUGAAUCAGCUGUGUGUUCGUGUUUUUUAUUUUGCAGGGUUGUAAUGGGCAAGAAAACACACACAAGAAGAAAUGGAAAAUGACAAUACUCCUGUAUGCGUGUUUUUUGGGGUUUUUUUUAUAGUACUUUAAAGAUUUGGUUACAAUUUGAAGUGUUUGUUUGUUAUUUAACUCCAAAUAAACCAAACCUUUGGCCCAAAUUUGUCUCCAUACAGUUUUAGCUUUACUCUUAAAGCCAUGACAAAUGCAGUCUCUUUGUUUCUUUUUGUUUGUUUGUUUGUUUGUUUGUUUGUGUAAAUGGGAAACUGCUGGAUCUGAAACCAUCAGUUAUGAGAUUUGAAAUCCAGCUCAUUUCAGAC